AUGGCAGAGAAUGAAAAUAGGAGUGAUAUCAACAUUGUUAAUUAUCCACUUAAUAUACACGAUUAUAAUAGCUUAUCAAGCACCAACAGCAUUGCUACCAAAGGCGAUAUUGGCCCGACCUUAUCAGUUGAAUCUUCUAGCCUUAUAGAACGGGAAGUUCUCUAUCCAAGAAAGCUCGAACGUCCUCCGAUUGAUAAAAAAGAGAAGGGAUUUUGCUGUCGAGAAGGAUGCAACAAUGAAGUGUACAGACGCAAAAAAUUCUUUGAAUCUUAUUGCUCGAGAGAUUGUUAUUGGGAGGAAGUAAAUCAAUUAGAGAGAACUCAAAUUACAAUUCUUGAUGAAAAUGAUUUAGCAUAUAUUCGUGUUGCUCGGAGAUUCAACAAGAGAUUAAAAUCAUCCAAAAAAAUCAAGGCCAUUUUAAGAUUGCAAAUGCCCCACCAUCUAGCUCAAAAACACCUAGAAUAUAAGAAAAAUUUGGCAAUAGAGAAGAACUGUGAUGUAAAAGAUGUUACAUACCGAAUGUAUCAUGGAACAAAAAUCGCUCACAGAAAUCAUGUGGGGCUUGGAAAUAUAGACACGCUUCAUGCUUUUUGUACCGAAAGUACGUGCGGAAUGUGUGGAAUCACAUUCUAUGGUAAUAGAAUUUCUUACUCGAAUUUCGUUCAUCUGGGCAAAUUAAUGUGGUUUGCAAACGACCCAAAGACAUCUUCCUAUUAUUGUGGAUAUAGUGAACCCAUAAAUGCAAUGUUUGUGGUAGAUAUAGCGGCGUCGGAAUUCUUACCGAUUAUCACUGUUAAUAAGGAUGAGUUUGUCAAUAGUAAUAUGUAUCAUCAAUAUCCACAACAGCAGCAGCGGCAGCAACCGGCUUAUUCGCCUAAAGGAAACCCACAAUUACCAACACCACCACCUUCUGGACCAAAUACUACUCAACCAAAUAAUAACCUACCGGAUCCAAGGCGGCUUUCAACUAAUAGCAUACAAAGUGAUUCUUCCAUCAAUUAUUUUAAUCGCAAAUCACCGACAUUUACGUAUAGUUUACCUCCAUCGCCUACAUCCCCUAAUUAUUCAAUGAGCUGCAUAGAACCAAAUUGCCAAAAUAAUAAGUAUAUGGAUAUGCAAGGAAAGAUUUAUAAUUAUUGUGGGGGAAUUGUCUGCGCUACUACUGGUCGAUCCGCAUCGACUCCUUUCACUCCAAAUCAAAAUGCAUUCCAGAAUGGACAACGAAUUCCAAAAUGCAAAAAACCCGGAUGCAAUUUCCGACGUCGCAUUAAUCCCAAUGGAUAUCUAGAAGACACAUGUGGAUCGCCUAAUUGUUUAGCAAAACCAAAUAUUCAUCAAAUUCCAACGAUACUUUUGCCAAACGGAAUAGCAACUCUAACGAAUCCAAUAAAUCCUCCAAUGGUUCCUGCCUCGGCCAUAAUUGGCCCAAUUGAUAGUGGACGAAAAUGUUCUAAUCCUACUUGCGACAAAUCAGCAUUUGUCGACCCAAAGAAUCCAAAUCAUUUUCAAGCCUUUUGCACUAAUAGGUGCUUUUGGUUAGAGGUGUCUACGUUAACUAAAACUAAAUUGACUACUAUGCCAAAAGAUGAUAUGGACUACGCUCGAAUUGCUAAAAAUGUGUUGAUUGGGUUUCCUUCAAUUAAUAUUAAAGGAAUCUUACGACUCCAAAUGUCAAAGUCUAUAGCUCAUGCGCAUUUGGAAUUGAGAAAGGCGAUGGCAAGUAGUGUUAACGUUGAUCCUGCAAGAAUUACAUAUCGAGUAUAUCAUGGUACAAAUGUAAAGUGUGGCCCACUUGGGAUUAUUCAUGGUGGAUCUCUCUGUAAUAAUCAGGCAUGUGGCGUGUGUGGAAUUGCGAGGGAAGGAAAUAAAUCUUCAAAAUCAAAGCAUGAUGGCUCCAUGUUUUUCACCAAUAAUCCACAAAUUGCAUACCAAUGUGCAGGUCAAGGUAAAACGAAAGCGAUAUUCGUCACUGAUGUUUUAUCAAUAGAUCCCAAUUUUAAAUCUAAUUAUGCAGUGAAUACCAAUGAGUAUCGGUAUCCGAAUAAUAUUCGUUUACGAGCUUCUGAACUUAGCGUUAGAAUGAUGGAUCUCUUAUUUAUUGCUGAAGAAACACAACUUGGAGAUUUCGACAAAAUAGAACAACCAGAUUGA